UACGCUCUCUCGAUUACAUCGCAUUGAGAUUUCAGCUCCAGUAUUUAACGAACCUUCCAGAAGCUUUCAUCAAAGAAUAAUACAUCAAAGAUGUCUGUACUAGCACUUCAGAAGCCAGCACCAGUUUUCAAAGGCACUGCUGUUGUCAAAGGACAGUUCAAGGACAUCUCAUUAACUGAUUACAAAGGAAAAUAUGUUAUUCUCUUUUUCUAUCCCCUCGACUUCACUUUUGUCUGCCCCACUGAGAUCAUCGCAUUCUCAGACCGUGCAGGUGAAUUUCGUGCUAUCAACUGUGAGCUAAUUGCGGCCUCAUGUGAUUCACACUUCUCUCAUCUUGCAUGGGUGAAUACUCCACGCAAACAGGGGGGUCUUGGAGAGAUGGACAUUCCUCUUCUUGCUGACAAGAGCUUGAAAACUGCACGUGCUUAUGGUGUUCUUGAUGAAGAAACUGGUAUUCCAUUCCGUGGACUCUUCAUUAUCGAUGAUAAACAGAAUCUCAGACAAAUCACCAUCAAUGAUCUGCCAGUUGGACGUUCAGUUGAUGAGGCCCUUCGUCUUGUUCAAGCAUUCCAAUACACUGACAAGCACGGCGAGGUCUGCCCAGCCGGCUGGAAACCAGGCAAGAAGACCAUGAAACCCGACCCAGCCGGAUCCAAGGAAUACUUUCAAAACAACUGAAUGUUGAACAUCAUUCAACGACAAGAGGAAAUAAUAUUUUUUCUUUUCAUUCACCUACUUGUCCAUUUCACUCUGAGAAUAAUAAAAUAUUCUCUUCAAUCAACUAUCGAUUAAUUCCAUUUAGUUUUAAGAGCGAUCGUGAAUCAUUCAUCACGCUAGUCGUGAGCAUUAUUUCUUUUGAAGAGAAAUCAAUAAAUAAUAAAGCAUUGUAAUAAAAUAC